AUGAAGUUCAGCACUACCCUCCUCUCUCUUGUCCCAGCAGUCUUCGCCCUGCCCACCGGCGAGGAUGCGUCUGUAUCUAAGCGCCAGAGCGCCAACACAGUGACCGAUCAACUACUCUUCAGCGUCACGCUACCAACCUUCACUGCCCGCCGCAAUGCCCGCGAUCCUCCUACCCUCAACUGGACAUCCGACGGCUGCUCCUCUUCGCCCGACAACCCUUUCGGAUUCCCCUUCGUCCCAGCCUGCAACCGCCACGACUUUGGCUACAACAACUACCGCGCCCAGAGCCGUUUCACCGUGAGUGCCAAGGCACGUAUCGACAGCAACUUCAAGACCGACCUGUACUAUCAGUGCACUUCUUCAAGCGCUGCUAGUGUCUGCAGAGGUCUGGCUGAUGUUUACUACGCCGCCGUCAGGGCGUUUGGUGGUGGUGAUGCUACACCUGGAAAGAGAGACGAUGACCUUGUCAAGGAGUAUGAGGAGAAGGUUGAGAUUUACAACCAUCUUGUUGAAGAAGCCCAAAAGAAGGGUGAUCUUCCCCGUCUGGAUUAA